UAUACAUCCCCACGCCACACCGACCCCUCAAUUUCUCGCAGACACGAUUUGCGAAGCUCCCUGCUAUCUUCAUCCUGCCGAUAUAUACAUACACAAAAUUAAGAAAAAAGGAGAAGCAAAGAUGUUCGGCAGAGCACCAAAGAAGAGUAAUAACACCAAGUAUUACGAGCUCCUGGGAGUUUCCAAGAAUGCUUCACAGGACGAUCUCAAGAAGGCUUACCGUAAAUCCGCCAUCAAGAACCACCCCGAUAAAGGCGGCGACCCCGAAAAGUUCAAAGAGAUUGCCCAAGCAUAUGAAGUCUUGAGUGACCCGGAGAAGCGUGAAAUCUAUGAUCAAUACGGUGAGGAUGCUCUCAAGGAAGGAAUGGGAAGUGGAGGUGGCGGUGGCCACAACCCGUUUGACAUCUUUGAAUCUCUUUUUGGCGGUAGUCCUUUCGGUGGUGCUGGCGGAAGCAGCAGAGGCCGAAGGCAAAGAAGGGGAGAAGAUGUUAUUCAACCUCUCAAGGUUUCACUUGAGGAUCUCUAUAAUGGUGCAUCGAAGAAACUUUCCCUUUCUCGUAAUGUGCUCUGCUCCAAGUGCAAGGGGAAAGGUUCUAAAUCAGGUGCUUCAAUGAAGUGCCGUGGCUGUCAAGGGUCUGGGAUGAAAGUUUCCGUCCGACAUCUUGGCCCAUCUAUGAUCCAGCAGAUGCAGCAUCCUUGCAAUGAAUGUAAGGGUACAGGUGAAACCAUUAGUGACAGAGACCGCUGCCCACAGUGCAAGGGUGAGAAGGUUGUGCAGGAGAAGAAGGUUUUGGAGGUCCAUGUGGAGAAAGGCAUGCAAAAUGGACAAAGGGUCACUUUUCCUGGCGAGGCUGAUGAAGCACCGGACACGGUUACAGGUGACAUUGUGUUUGUCGUACAACAGAAGGAGCACCCCAAGUUUAAGAGGAAGGGUGAUGAUCUAUUUGUUGAACACACCUUGACCCUGACCGAAGCACUAUGUGGCUUCCAAUUUAUCUUGACUCAUCUAGACAGUAGGCAGCUCCUCAUUAAAUCCCAGCCUGGAGAAGUUGUCAAACCUGAUCAAUUCAAGGCCAUUAAUGACGAAGGAAUGCCCAUGUACCAGAGGCCAUUCAUGAAAGGGAAAUUAUACGUUCAUUUCACUGUGGAUUUCCCUGAAUUCCUGCACCCAGAGCAAUGCAAAGCUAUCGAAACAGUGCUCCCUGCAAGGGCCGCAACCCAAAUUAGAGACAUGGAAUUGGAUGAAUGUGAGGAGACUACUUUACAUGACGUUAACAUUGAAGAAGAGAUGCGUAGGAAGCAGCAAGCUGCCCAAGAGGCAUACGAGGAAGACGACGAUGAUAUGCAUGGUGGCGCUCAGAGGGUUCAGUGUGCCCAGCAGUGAUGUAAUAUUGAUGUGAUCCAUGCUUUUUCCAAGUUAGGGGAGGCUAAUAUUUGCUGCAAUACUGGUAUUCGAUUAUAGUAUUAUGAUUUAUACUGUUAAUGUUCUGAAAAUUUUAUUUGACAUGCUUUGUUAUUGUAUAAUAGAGAACACAGAUAUUUUAAGUAUACUUGAAAAAAUACAAGUCACAACUUGCAAUA